ACGCGCGCCUCGCACGAACCGCAUGCAUGGGCAGCAUGUCGCAGCCGGACGAGGACGAAAUCGUUGACUAUUACGAGUUAAUGUCGGACUCUCUGCAUGAUCACAUAAUGCCGCUGAAGCUCAAUGAAUCAUGGGCAGCCCGGCGGCUGGUGGAGGCGCUUAGCCAUCUGCCGCCCCAUCACGCCAGCAACAGCAACAGCAAUUCGGCACCUAUGCGCUUCCAGCAGAAAACACAGGAGGAGCAGGAGCAGCGUCGCCAGGAACUAAACCAGGCUGGUGCUGCUUCGCCCAGGGCCGCCACCAGCCGCCUGAUAGGCAAUGGCAAAGUGCGUCAGAUGUUUGACGAGAGGCGCCGUGGCGCCGGCAUUGAUCGCAGCAAUCCGCUCAAGCCCAUUGGGGACACCUCGCGCACACACAGCCUGCAGCCACAGCAGCCACAGCAGCAGCUGCAGCACCAGCAGCACCAGCAGCACCAGCAGCACCAGAUUACCAAAGGCCUUUCCACAAUGAGCCUCAAAGAGAAGCCAGUCUCUGGCCGAAAUUUGAGCAGUGACAGUAACAACAACAACAGCAGUAGCAGCAACACCAAGAGCAACAACAACAACAACAAAUAUAAUGCUGCGGGCACGCUGAUAAAUGCAAAUCGUUUGAGGCCAGUGAUAACACGCAAAACGCCACCCAAGAAGGAGAAGGAGAUGCCAAUGCGCGCAAAUUCUUCGCCCCCAAGCAGCGCCAGGGUCAAGACCUUUAGAUCCACAGCAACCACAGCAACAACAAGAACAGCAACAGCGACCGCAACCACACCGACAAUGCAAGCUGCCCGCUCGCCCAACGCACGAGCUCCACUGUCGGAGAGGGGACGCGUUUCAGCGCCAAAGGGGCGUCAGGUUAAACCUAAAUCUCCAGUUACCAAAAUUCAAAUGGAUGCUGCUCCUCCAGAAGGUACAAAAACGUGCCGCUUUUGCGGCCGUCACUUCAACAUCGAUCGCCUAGCCAAGCACGAGGAUGUGUGCCAGCGAACCAUGAACACGAAGCGCAAGAUCUUCGAUGCCGCCAAGCAGCGGGUGAAGGGCACAGACAACGAGAAGUACAACAAGGGGCAGCAGAAGUCGAACCUGAGUCGUUCACAGUCCACAUAUAGCAGUGCCGCCCAGCAGAAGGGCCUCAAGACUGGCGUUAAGAAGAGCAACUGGCGCAAGAAGCACGAGGAAUUCAUUGAGGCCAUACGGGCUGCCAAAAAGGUGCAGGCCCAUUUGGCACGUGGCGGCAAACUCAGUGAUUUGCCACCGCCGCCGCCUUCAGAGAAUCCCGAUUACAUCCAGUGCCCGCAUUGCGGCAGACGUUUCAAUGAGCAGGCCGCCGAGCGCCAUAUUCCCCGCUGUGCCACAAUGGAGCACAACAAGCCGCGCAAGAACCCGCCGCAGCCGCCAGUAAGGAAUCGUUAACUAGAUUUGGGACAUUGACUUAUGCCCGUUUAUUACAUGUGAUAAAGGAUUCGAUGAAUAUAUAACAGCAUAAAAUUA